UUGGGGGUCAAUCGCCAUCUGUUGUGUAGAACUAGUCGCAGCACCACACUGUGUCGGAACGGAAGACAUUGACAAUCGGAACAACAACAACAAGAAGAACAAGAACAAGGGAACCGUAACUGAAUCUCAUCUCUGCUCAUGGAUUCUACCGAAGCUCUAACUGAUCCGGUCUCUCUGGAAUCCCGACCCGGAAUCUUCGUCAUCGGAUCCUCCAACGUCGGCAAACGCACCCUCCUAUCCCGAUUGCUCUCUGUUGAUUGUGAAGAUGCUUUUGAUUCAGAUUCUCAAGUAAAUGUCCAUGGGUGGACUAUCAACAAUAAGUACUAUAGUGCUGAUGUUUCUGUUUGGAUGGCUCAUCUUCAUGAAGAUUUUUCUGUUCGAGACCUGCCCGUGUUUCAACGAAUGACUGCUUUGGUGAUGGUUUUUGACAUGAAUGAUCUAUCCUCCCUAACUGCACUACAAGGUUGGGUAUCGCACACUGAUAUUCAAAACUUUGAGAUAUUACUAUGUAUUGGAAACAAAGUGGACCUGGUUCCUGGUCAUCCAGCUCAUGCUGAAUACAGAAGACGUUUGCUGAAACUUGAAGACUCUUCUGCCAAUCUUGAUUUAGAAUUCUCCGAGUAUGGAAUAUCAGAAAGUGAAGGAACUAGCUUAUUGGGGGAUGAAGAGCCAUCAUGGGAUAUUCGAAAGUCUUGCUUGGAAUGGUGCACUGAGAACAAUAUCGAGUUUGUUGAGGCUUGUGCUUCCAAUGCUGAUUUUGACAAAUGCUUAUCUGUAGAUGGUGAUUUACAAGGAGUUGAACGUCUCUAUGGUGCACUUUCUGCUCAUAUGUGGCCUGGAAUGAUAUUAAAAUCUGGUGAUAGGAUAAGUCAACCAUCAUUCCCUGAGAAAGAAGAUUUAUCUUCAGAAGAAUCUGAUUAUGAUCAGGAGUACGAAGUUUUAUCAGCUGGCUCAGCCGAUCCCUGGCAUGAUACUGAACAAGAAUGGGUUUGUGCAACUUCCUCAGAUGCAGGAGGAUCAGCUCCUCAAGACAAUUCCAACACAGGUCGUGAACAUGUGGAUGAAAGUAAAUCUAAAAAAGAGUUGCAUACCACAACCUCAUGCACUGAUCAGGAUGAGAAUGACAAGGAAGUAGUGCACAAUAUUGUGGAUUCUGAAGGGGAUGUGAAGGAAGAUGAUGGUGAAUGUCUUGAAUUAGAGGAUUUGGAACAGUUGAUGUCUGAGAUUGGAAAUAUGCGGGACGGCCUAAGAUUGAUGCCUGAUUUUCAAAGAAGGGAAAUGGCUGCAAAGCUGGCUAUGAAAAUGGCUUCCAUGUUUGGGGGAGAGAGUGAUGAGGAAAUUUAGUUGAAUAUAGGAUGCUAGUUAUAAGUGUCAGGAUACAUCGAUGAACAUCAUUAGCAGUACUUUUAGACUCAUCAGUGGAAGAAGAUGAGCAACCUCGAUUGCCGAAAGAUAAGAAGCUCCUUUUAUGCAUCUUCUCUGCUACCGAUUGGUUGUUGCUGAGCGUGAUUCAAGAUCAAUUUAUCCUGUUUUGUAAUACACAUUAUUUGUCACAAUAGAGGUUAUUGUAUUUGAAAUUAUGUUAUCAUAUAAAUUACCCUGCAUCACUUAACUCUGGUUCAA